UCGAUGAGCUCGAGAUAUUACGGCAUGUGGCACAUUAAGAUAUAAAACCGGCCAUUGUAGAAAAGGUGUUCAUUCAGUCUUCAGAUCGACGACUUAACUGAAACCAAAAAUGAACAAGGCCAGCUGCAUUAUUAUUGCUCUUUCUGCUCUCAUCAGCGGCACUUUUGCUGUUUGCGCCCCAGGCUUCUCUCAAGUGGGAGACAAAUGCUACACGGUACCUGGCUUACCUCAACGGUAUGACUUCUGGAGUUCCAACGAAUUGUGCAGCGUCGCUAGAAGCAAUCUCUUCCACGUCGAAACCCCAACACAGUGGGAAGAACUUAACGCUUUCCUCGUUGGACUUGGUUACACUGAUACCUACUGGACGGGAGUGGCUGCCGAAGGUCAUCCUGGUCUCUGGGUUGUUCGAUCCACCGGCUACGAGCUGAAUCUGGCAGCUGUUGAAUUCAAAGCAGGAGCUCCCAGCAACUCGGCGACCAACUUGUGCCUGGCCAUUGAGUACCAGACAGAACUUGGCCGUUAUCAGUGGGUCGACUAUCCAUGCACCGACUCGUACGUUAUUGUCUGCGAGCCCAGGGUCUGCUUGGCUCCUAACGCAAAGUUUUAAGCACUUUUUUUAACGUGAAUAAGCCUAUUUUUCUUUUGUACACGACUAUUAUCGAACGAAUGCUCGACACCAAUAAAGUUUAAAAUCCAAAGUC